UCUGUGACCAUAACUCUACCAACGAGACACAGAGUCAUCAGACUCCUGCCAGUGGUCAAGCCUCUCUCCAGAAGAAAACUCCUCAGGCGUUCCCCUAUCAUCAGCGUUUCCAGACAGACUCCCACAGAUUGUGCCCAGACCCCCCUGCUCACUUUCCCAGACAGGUGGUAUCAUCCUCUCAGGAGACAGAAUCAUCCUUCUACCAACACGACACAUUUUCCUUUUCUCUCCAACUACCAAACUGUCUGUCUGAUCAACAAACUUCCCCUUGCAACAGAUCUGCAGGUAUAUUAAAGCCAGCUUUGAUGUUCAGUCAAUUCAAAGACGUCGAAGCCCCUGAUGAAACGCUCCCCUCGACAACAGAGCAGCCUGAUUCUCAUUCUGUAGCUUGUCACACACUAUUACCCUUCUCUGAUGAACGUAAAGAGACAGUGAACUCAUCAAGUGCACAUAAUGAAGACGAAGCUAUCUGGGAUGUUAGUGCCAAUGAGGCAGAGAGCCUUGAACUUUCAGGCAGGAGAGUAAAGUGUAUAGAGAGUGUGUCUAACCUCUCAGAAGAGGCUGCUGGUGGUGUAGAUAAACAUCAGCAAUCAGAGCUGAACACAACUGAAAAUAAAAGGGGGCACUUGCCUCCCAUUGACUUUGUAACAAAAGACGUAGGCCAGACAGUGGCUGAUAUAGCGGAGAGGAGACUCUCAGAGGGACCUCUAGUUCAGUCUGAAGCCACUACAUUUAUCCAGGAGGACAACAGUUCUCACAACCUGGAACGGUUUGGCCUCGUAGCUGUGGCAGUGGAAAGAAGGUCAGAAACAGACUAUGAGGAAAACAUCGAACACAAACUGCUGAACUGCUUUGCUACUGAAGACACAGAUUUACACAGAAUAAACACAGAUGUUCAGAAGUUAGAGGAAGUCAGAUUUUUGCCUAAAUCUGCAGAGGGCUCGGAUGGUGAGCGAUGUCUUGUACCAACACUUUCCCUGGAGUUCGAGCCGCUUAGGUCAGAGUUCAGACCUCUCGAUCGUCGCGACAACCAGCAACAUCAUGGCAAACUGCAGGACUUGAUCACAAAUACAACAUCACUUGACAAAGAACUAUACAUAAAACAACAGACUACUGGGAUUCAUUCACAUCAUCCUCCCCUCACUCCAUCCUUUCCCCAAAAAAGAAAAUGUGAUGUUUUCCACCAUCAAUGUGUAAGUCCACUCCUGAAGAGCCAUAAAAAAAGUCACCCUCCAAAGUGGGAACCGCCGUGUUCCUCACCAUGGACAGUGGUGGAAGGAGGCGUCAGCGAGGUGAAGAAAAUCAGACUUCAAACAUUCAUUUCUGGAUGCCCAACAUCAUCAGAAGAACAGCAGUUUAAAAUCACUCCGAAGACAGAUGUUAGGUUUAAAAUUCCUACACAAUCACAUGUUCUGGAGCAAACGCAGCCCAUUAGUCAGAGCAAACUGGAAAAAUCCUCCAAUGAAAUGGGAAAGAUUGCUCCGAAACAGAACCUCUUUGCCAAACUGUGCAAACGUAGGUUGGCCAAAUUGAGGAUCGAUCCAGCCAUUGACGGUCUGAAAGGUUUUCAUGACGUAGUUACGACUAGUGAGCUACAAACUCACUCCAAGGCUGGCUCACACCCUACAAGCCUGACAUCCGAUGGCAGAAUAAAGGAUGGUGGGAGGCUGAACCCAGAGGAGAGAGUGCAGAUGCUGAAGCAGGCUGGGCAGGCAGAGGUGGUGGUGCUAACAAUGAUGUUUCAGGAUGGAGCAACUCAAUUAGAUCGUGAACAAAAGCUCGCUCCAGCAGUGUGUGGCCUCCUUGUGCUGAUGAAGAAUGAUCUUUGCUGUGCCACACCUUGUUGGUCACUGGGGCCGAAUGACAGCCUGGUCUACUUAAAACUAGAGCACAACCCUCCAUGGGCACAACAGCAACUUCAGCACACUCAGCAGCCUUUUACCAGAGAUAUGAUACUAUGUGUGCUGUCAAGGUCAAAACUGGUGGUUUGCUAUAAAGCCAAGGAUUUUCUUCGUACAGUUCUGCUGUUAUACAAACAGGAUCUAAGCUGGAAACAAGUGGCAGGUUGUCAGAUCCAAGAUCCACGGGUUUCAGGGUGGCUGCUGGAUCCUACUGAUCCCUCCUCCUGCUUCAAAGACCUGCUUAAUAAACACUGCAAAAAGCCACGUGCAACAGCCUCCCUGAGUCCUGACAAGGUUUCUCAUAUCAUCUCAAGUCUCUAUUGGCUCUUUGACCUUAAUCUGGCCUUAUGCUCUAAACUACAGAGCCAUGGCUUGUGGGAACUCUACUCAGAAAUAGAGCUGAGAAUGAUCACUGUUCUUGCUGUCAUGGAAAGCCACUGCAUCUAUGUGGACAAAGGAGCACUUAAGAGGACUUCAGACCUGCUUGGGACUAAACUGAAACAGCUGGAGCAAGAGGCCCACAAAGCAGCUGGGGAAAUAUUCUUGGUGACCAGCAACGCUCAGCUACGAACAGUACUGUUUGAGAAGCUGCGCUUACAGGAGCGCUGCGAGAACAAGAAGCUACCCAAGACCAUCAACAAACAACAACAGUCAACAUCAGAGGCAGCGUUGCUGCAGCUCCAGGACCUUCAUCCUCUGCCAAAAAUCAUCCUGGAGUACCGACAGGUCCACAAGAUGAAGUCCACGUUUGUUGAUGGGAUUUUGUCAUGUAUGAAGAGCAAGAACUACAUUUCUUCUACAUGGCACCAGACGAGUGCUGUGACUGGGAGAAUAUCAGCCAAACACCCUAACUUCCAAGCCUUGCCAAGGCAGCCGCUUCAAAUCAGCCAGAACCAGUACAUUCAAGGAAAGGAGGAGGAGGUUGUGACGAUUCAUCCUCGAGACAUGUUCAUUCCCCGGGAGGGCUGGACUUUUCUUGCUGCGGACUUCUGCCAGGUGGAGCUCCGCUUGCUGGCUCACUUCUCCUCGGACCCGGAGCUGCUCCGCAUUUUUACCGACCCGCAGGCCGACGUCUUCACCAUGCUGGCCUCUCAGUGGAAAGUGGUGGGUGUUGAUGAGGUGACUCCUGAAGACAGGGAGCAUGCCAAACGCAUCGUAUAUUCGGUGGUUUAUGGAGCAGGCCGUGAACGUCUGUCAGGGAUUUUGGGGGUGAACGUUGAGCAGGCUAGUCGUUUCCAGGACAGCUUCCUCCAGACCUACAGAGAAGUCCAGGCGUUCAUCCAGAGAACCAUCCAGCAGAGUCACAAGCAAGGUUAUGUGGUGUCGUUAAUGGGACGCCGACGUCUCCUUCCCAACAUCAGCUCCCCAGACUGGGGGAUCCGCAUGCAGGCUGAGAGGCAGGCCGUCAACUUUGUGGUUCAGGGCUCUGCUGCUGAUCUCUGUAAGAUGGCUAUGAUCACCAUGUUUAACCUGGUCUCCUCCUCCAGCUCGCUCUCUGCCAGGCUUUUAGCACAGCUUCAUGAUGAGCUUCUUUAUGAAGUGGAAGACUCUCAGGUGGAGCAGUUUGCAGGUUUGGUGAAAAGCACCAUGGAGUCCCUUCAGUACAUCCACCAUGUCGGAGUCCAUCUGACGGUACCCCUGAAGGUGGCGGUCUCCGUUGGCAAGUCCUGGGGAUCCAUGUCAGAGCUUCACACUCCGCCUUCUGUCUCCUGAAUCUUCCUCUGCACCUCCGACACCAAGAUAAAUGAUCUAAUCUCCUCCUUUCUUAUGGCCCGAGUUUUUUCCAUUGACCCUUCUGCUGGCUACACACUCAUGUUUUGACCCUUACUUGGUCUCUUAUCCUGUUCGUCUCUCUCAGCUUCCAGUUUCUGCCUCCUCCUUCACUCGUCCAGCAUCCAGGUUGCUAUGGAAACGAGGCAGCUGCAGCUCGUGGUUCUUGCCUCCACUCUUUCUGUUUCUGGGGGCAACCGCUGACUGGAUUGGACCAGUUCUGUUCUCUCUCUCUCUCUCUCUCUCUUGUCCACCUCCUCCUGUUCUCCCACUCAUUUUCACUCACGCACACAAACAUCUCGUUAGGACUAAAAAUGUUUCCUCUGCCUCGUUACCAAGGUGAAGUUUCAUGUUUUAAAGAGGUCUCGAUGUUCAUUGGUUCCUAAAAUUGGUUGUUAGUUGAGCUUCUAGAUAUAACCAAACAUUCUUUAGUCUCUAUCGUUUAUAUAUUUUUGAUGCUGAGACUUUUGGAUUUACUUAAACACACCAGAUUUUCACCCCCAAGUUAAUUUUUUAAGCUAAUUUAAAAACCAUCUUUUAUUAUUCCCAUAUUUGAUGCUCUGAUGAAAGAAGUGUAGUCCAUAAUGGAUAUUUCACAAGAGAAAUCUGAGCCCAGGGAGUGAAUAGACUCCAUGAAAUCUUGGUUCGUUCAGUUUCCAGUAAACUUUACCUUUCGUUGAAUGUGUUAACGUGAUUUAAAGCAGUUGAUCUAAUUUUUGCUCGUCUUUGAGCAUCCAUUCUUUGCUCUCUCUGGCUCAGCUUUUAUCUGCUCACUUGCCUCAAACCCACUCACCCUUUUUUUUUUUGCCUUUCUCUCUUUCACUCUCACACAUUCCACAAAUGCUCACACAUUCAUCUGCUCUCUGGCACACUGACCGAAUUUCUUUUUGUCUGACAGCCACAGCAAGACUCCCUUUUUAUAUCUCCCUAUUUUCCUACCGGAUCCUUCAAUUAGCCUUGGAAAUAAAUUGGCAGAGCCCAACAUAUUCACGCAAUUUAAGCCAAUUGAAAACAUUUUCUGUCAUUUUUAAUGGUCCAUUCGUCUUCUAAUGUGAAAAAUGCGCUCUGAAUUUAUUGACAUAAGAAAAACUUUAAUCACAAGUCCUUCAUAGCAAGAGCAGAGGAUAGUGUUAUGGAAAUCUGGCCCUCUAUUCUUUCAUUGUUCGGUGGUUUAAGUGUGCAAGCCCCCCAGCCUGCCUCUGUUGAAAGGGAGGCGUGAGACUGGUAUGUGCGUGUAGGCACUUGUGGAUACGGGAGUUUUUAUUCAGUAAAAUAAAUACUGAUAAAGCUGUUUUCAAUGGGAAUUAAAGGUUCUUGGAGUUCAUUUCAGACACUGUUGUCCAGUUUUUUAUUCACUUUAAUACAGGAAAAGGGUAACGGCUACAUUUUGUAGAUAUUACUCCACACUAAUCUCAAGUCUUUUAGCACUUUAAAGUUUUUUUUAUUUUUCAAGAUUGAAUUAAAAAGCCACAUUUACUAAAACCGACUUAGUAUCAACUCUGACCAGCUUUACUGUUCCUAAAAUAAAAGCAUCUCAAAGCAUAAUGCUGCUCCCGCUAUGUGUCACUGCGGGGAUGGCGUGUCCACCAGAUAUAAUCAUUUGUAUGUAGGUUUGCUUGACCAUUUUGACUUUGGGAAAACUACAACAAGUUUGUGGUUGUAACAUUGCAAAAUGUGGACAAGAAGUAUGAAUAUAUCCACCAUGUCAUUUUUAUUUGUAUAAGGUUCCUAAAUAGUCUUCAAAGUCUGAAAGUUUUGCUUUUAUAAUUUUUUUAAGUUCCAGAUAACUACUGAAAAGAAUCCUUAUUUUGUUAUGUAGACAAUAAGAAAUGUAUUUUAAAUAAUUAACUUUUUUUUGUCAUUUAUAUUUAGAUCGGGUGCUUAAUCGUGAUUAACUACAGCACAGCUUAAUUAAAUUUUUUAACUGGUUAAUUCACUAUUUGACUUUUAAAGCUGCUUUUAUUAAAUUACCUUUUCUUUUUUUUUUACAUAUUCUUACAUAUUUGUUAAAACUAUCACAUUGUCAUGACAGUAUAGUAUGAGACAGAUAAUCAAGCCUUCUAAUAAGUAGAAACAAAUGAUCAGAGCAAGGAGGCGGGUCUUAGCGCUGUCAAUCAACCUCACCAUGUAUUCUCAGGCUAGUUACCAUGGCCACCGACGAUCGUGAAUAAACAGUUUUUUUGUAGCGAUAAGUUGUUUCUCCACCAUUGAGAUAACUAGCAGCACGUACACAGUGUUGAUUGACAGCGCUAAAAUCCUCCUCUUGGCUUUAUCUUUGGAAUUUAAAAAAAAAAAACACAAUUGACUAUUUCAGGCAUGUAAAAGCUCAAUGCAUUGUCUUUAAUCGAUACAGCAUAUGCACACCAUGUCAUCUUUCAGUCAAUCUUUACAGCUAUACAAUGUCCAGUUGUCAGUAUAAAAGAAAUGGGGUAAAGUCACAAUAAUAAUAUCAAUCCUGGUGUGACAAUACAACAUUCUGUCAAAGGAAUGACACAAAGGGAGCUGAAGGCUAAAAGACAGCUUUCCAGUGCAGUCUCACUGAGGAUAGGGCAGACUGAUUGAACCUACCAGGCCUUCAUGGUGUUUUACUGCCUACUCAGUUUUAUUCCCAGUAGGAGAUCAUUAAGGGUGUGUUCAUACCAGCCCUGUUUAGUCCACUUCACUUCAACUCUAGUCUGUUUGCCGAGAAAGUCUGGUUUGUUUGGGGAAGUGUGAAUCCCCAAUCAAACUUUGAUGCGGACCAAGAAAGCAAACUACAAACCUAGGUCUCAGUUCGGUUAAAGUGAACUCUGGAACGGUUCAAAUGCAUAUGUGAAUGCCAAGCGGACCAGAGUCUGCUUCAGGAUCAGGGCAUUCUGGGUAAAUACAACCAAAACAAACACAAAAGCCUAGCUUUAGCAGGAAAUGACCCAUAGUCUUUUACCAAAGACAAAAGACAAAUCCUGCAACCGCUAAAAUCUGUUUAGAUUUUGUGAAGAAGGAAGUUAGCUCGUCUCUUCUUCUGAGGUUUUUGUGUAGUUUCCUUCGGUGGCUCUUGGUACAGCGCCACCACAGGCAAGGGGUUUUUUCAAAGGUUUUGGA